AGAUCCCUGCCUACCUGAGGUCUUCUCAAGAGGAUGCCAUACUACUGAGAGGCAAAGUCUUGCCUCCAUUUGCACUGUUCAAGCUAAUUGUCACCAUCUGUCCAACCCAACCUUUCCCACAGUGGAGUUUCACAGGAUGGAGAGUAUAAAAAGGCCUCUCCUCAAUGCCAACAGGCAGAAGAACUGAGCAGAAGCUGCUCUUGCAUGAAGGCCCUCCCUUCCAGAGAGGUCACUGCAGAGAACUGAACCCCAUCUAGGACAAGGAGCUCGGGAAUGUAAUUGCAUGGAAAGCAGGGAAUAUUUUAACGUCUAGUAUACAAAAACAAUUGGGAAUUUGCAUGUAAGAAAGGGGAAGACAUGGAGAAGGCUUCAGGCAACUAAAAAAUCACAAAGGAUGGUAGGGGAAGAACAGAGACUGAAGAAAUGGAAAAAAACUUCUCAAAGGCACAACCUUCAGCAUGAAUUGAAAGAGUAUGGGUAAAUCCACACUUACAAACCUGUGGCAAGAGGUAAAGGAAAUCAUAAGACAUAAGCAUUGCAGUGCCUAAGUGGAACGUGACGAAGGAGAAGUGACGUGCAGUGAGGGCAGUGUUGAGGUUAAGUGCACCUAGAUACUGUCAUAAGUGGAGAACAUGCUACGUCCCAUCUUUGAGGUGGGUAGUAAUGCUGAAAAGACUGUCAAGAUCAGAACUCCUUGACCAGAAUAAGAUGAAAAGUCAAAGGAUGGAUUGUGCUUAGGUGUGUUUUGUCCCAGCCUUCAAGAUGAACCUGACCAGUUUUCAAUGACUGUAUCACCAGUUGUUCAGUGACUGCACUUCAGGAUGAAGGAAUCAUACAAAAGAUGGAGAUGUGGGUCACUUACUAAGCAAGAAGAUGAAAAAAUGAGUGAAUAGAGACAAACUCAGGCCAAGAUACAAAAUGAGCUAUAACUAGAAAGGAUUAUAAAGCAUAUGAAGGGAUCAUCUUUGAAGCAUUAGAGGAAUGAAAAGGCUAAGGAAAGGAAUAGUCAACAACUGAAAGAAGAGGGAGGGAGAGGGGAACUAUCAACAGGUAUAUCUGAAAGUACAUGAGUGGUGGAGGAAUGGCAGAGAAAGAAGAAAUAGCAUAAAUAGAUAAAUACACUGAGCAGCUGUCUCCCCUACCAUGUCUUCUGCAGGCAGAAAGUGCUGAUGUUCUUCAUUUAUUUACCUCUAAUUACUGAAAUGCAGUUUUCUGCAAGGUUAGGUAGGUGCAUGAUGGAAGAAAAGCUACCAGAAAAGAAAAAAUGUUUGUUUCACUGAAGGGUUUUUUUUUUAUAAUCAAAAUUAUGUCAAGAAUAGAUGAAGAUCUGAGCAGAGAGUCCCAGGGGAACUUGGGCCCCAGGGAGGGGCAGUGCCAUAGCACACAUAGGAAGAUUUCUGUGCACUGCUUCCCUUGUUUAGCCAACACAUCCCCAGAUACCAGCAAUACUGUUAUCUGGCAGAAGCACUUCUCCAAACUCCUUCAAUCAUUCUUAAUGACCAGAACAAGUUUUCAUCAAAAAUAGUCAUCCAGAAUGAUGUUUGUUUUCAAAAUAUAGCCCUGUUUAGCUGGCUGCACUGUCUUCAUCAGCUGAGGUGAGAUAAAAGGGCCAAUGUCUUGGCAGAAAAAAUCAGUUUUCUCAAGAGAAGCAACGCAUGAUUCAGAAGAAGGGCAAAGGAAAGAGGUUUGCAAUUGUUUGGCUUGUGCUUUCUCUGUUCAGUGUGUGCUGUGAGGUGAGAAGACAGGUCUGGCAGCAGGUGAGCAGCUCCACAUGGUUUCUGGGGGACCCUAAGAGAACUCUCUAUGUCCCGUGACUCCUGCAGCCAGAGCUUUCCUGGUGCAAUGGAGGACAAGUCACGCCAGACAUCAGGACAGAGCAAAGAUGUGCAGAGCUCCCUAACACCAGGAGAGCCUCCUGUCAACUUUACGCACAUCAAGUUGGAGGAGAAUGAGCCCAUAGAAUUCAGGACCAAGGAUUUUAUCCUGAAAAAAGCCAGAGAGAUCUGCAAAUGCAAUCAUCAAACCAUCAUCACCUUCUUCUGCCAGCUGUUCCCAGUGCUAGACUGGCUUCCCCGUUACAACAUCAAGACGCAGUUGCUUGGGGAUGUCAUAUCUGGGCUCCUGGUGGGGAUAGUAGCCAUCCCUCAGUCCAUCUCAUACUCCCUGUUAGCCAACCAGGAUCCCAUCUAUGGAAUCUACACAAACUUCUUCUGCAGUAUCAUCUAUGUCGCUAUGGCCACUUCUCGCCACAACUUUGUGGGAUCCUUCGGUGUCCUUUGCCUGAUGAUUGGGCAGUCUGUGAAUCGGCACCUCCAGCUAGCAGGGUACGAUGACAACACUGGCUCUCUGCUGGUGGGCAAUGCCACCUCCUCCAGCAAUGGAACGGUUACCUGUGACAGGAGCUGCUACGCCAUCACUGUGGCCCUUUCCUUGAGCUUUCUGGUCGGUCUUUACCAGAUCCUGCUGGGGGUUUUACAGCUGGGCUUUGUGUCUGUCUACCUGUCAGAACCUCUCCUCAGUGGCUUUGUGGCCGGCUCCAGCCUCACCAUCAUCACCUCCCAGAUGAAGUACCUCCUCGGGCUGAAUAUUCCCCGUCAUGAAGGGGUGGGGUCCUUCAUCCUGACGUGGGUGGAUCUUUUCAGAUACAUCCAAAACACCAAUAUCUGUGACCUGGUCACCAGCCUGGUUGCUUUGGCCAUCAUAAUACCUGUCAAAAUGAUCAAUGAUCGGUACAAGGACAAAAUGAAGGCACCAUUCCCCGUAGAGCUGCUGGUGGUCAUCAUAGCCACAGUAGUAUCUUACUACUUUAACUUUGAAGAGCGAUACAAGUCUUCAGUUUGUGGGGCCAUCCCCACCGGCUUCAGGAAACCCACCCUACCAGAUACAAAGCUGUUUUCCAGCCUGGCAGUCGAUGCUCUGCCCAUUGCUAUUAUAGGCUUUGCUAUGACGGUCUCCCUGGCGGAAAUCUUUGGCAAAAAGCAUGGCUACGCUGUCCGUGCCAACCAAGAGAUGAUCGCCAUUGGCAUGUGCAACCUGGUCCCAUCUUUCUUCUACUGCUUUGCUAGCUCUGCAGCCUUGACCAAGACUUUGCUGAAGGAGUCCACAGGGACCCAAACGCAGCUCUCUAGCCUGGUCACCUCCCUGGUGCUGCUGCUGGUGUUGCUAUGGAUCGCUCCGCUCUUCUACUCUCUGCAAACUGCCAUCCUGGGGGUGGUCACCAUUGUCAACCUGCGGGGGGGCCUGAGGACGUUUUGUGAAACCCCACGCAUGUGGCAGCUCAGCAAGCUGGACACGGUGGUGUGGUGGACAACCAUGCUGGCCUCCACGCUGAUCACCACAGAGAUAGGGCUCCUCGUGGGCGUCUGCUUUGCUCUGCUCUGCGUCAUCUUCCGCACGCAGAGACCCAGGGCUGUGCUCCUGGGCAAGGUCAGCAACAUGGAAAUCUAUGAAGACCAGUCUGCUUACAAGCAGCUCAGCAGUAUUGCCAACAUCAAAAUCUUCCGCUUUGAGUCGUCCCUUUACUAUGCCAACAAAGACUAUUUCAAGACUGCGCUCUACCAGAAAACUGGGGUCGAUCCUGUCCUGCUGGCUGCCAGGCAUCACAGGGUGGAGACCCAGGCAAAAGCAGACACGGGCAACAGGAAGAGCGUUUUUAACACCGUGUUUGGUUGCCUGAAACCUUCCAAGAAACGCGUGGAGAAAUCGCCCACAGGAGUCUGCCUGCCACCCCUAGAUAUGCACACCUUAAUCAUUGACUGCGGGGCUAUGCAGUUCAUAGAUACCACGGGUCUCUCCGUGCUGAAAGAGACGCACAGUGACUACCAGGAGCUCGGUGUCCAGGUGCUCCUGGCCAAUUGCAACCCCCUCCUCCGCCGCCGGCUGCGGGAUGGAGGCUGGGCUGCUGGGGCACACUGCGGCCAGCCGCCUUUCCACAGCGUGCACCACGCAGUGCAGUUUGCACAGCAGUGGUACCACGAGCAGCACGAGAGCAAGGAGAGAAGGGAUGCCGCCCUGGACCCUGAGGACCUGAGCGUCCAAGCGUCUCUGUAGAGCUGCACGUGAGGAAUGAUUUCUGACGAGGUGGGCUUCACUGCAAUUUUAGGGUUGUUUUUUCUUUUGCAAGCAGAGCACUGAAGAAGACUUAAAUGAACUCUUAGCAGCAAGCACGGAGUAAACGGACAGGGGAAGCGCGGAUUUCUAGGCAGAUGACCAAUAAUCUGAGAGGCAUUUCAAGGUCAGCCGCGUCGGUAAAAAGGCCGGGUGGCUUCCCCUCUGUGGAAAGGUCUGUGUCAGCGAUAGGCGGCACACAGCCACGCGGUUCCGGACUCGCGUGGGCGCUGGGGGGCACGAGUGAGCCGCGCCGGCACUGCGGCGGGGAGCGGGGAUGGGUUGGCGGCCGUGAGCGGCCGGCGGCGGUGCAGGGAAAAGGAAAGCGCAGAAGUGUAGGUUCUUAAAAGGCGGCUGAAUUUGGAGCAGUUCAGAUUCAAAAUCCAAACUUCCCGUUGUUCUCAGUGGUACAAAAACACCUUCCAAAACAGUAACGGGGUUCUCCAAACCCAGCGCCAAAGAAAUGUUGCUCUACGGAGCGUGCUUAGAGCAUCCCCAAAUGCAAUGGGAGCUCAUCAUGGGGAGUUUCCUUCUGUGUGCAGCUCCAGUGCCCAGACAGAAUGAAACAGGAAAGUGAGGAUGAAAGAAUCCCCUCCGGGGUGCUCUCACAAAAAUUGCGCUGUAGAGAAAUCCACAUCCCAAGGCUCCGGUGCUCCCCAGCCAAACCAGGACCAAGACCCAGCAUGGCCCCCGCUGCUUCACACAUGGCCCCACAUUCCUUUGUGCCACCUUUAUUUUGGAUUGUCCUUCCCUCCCCUGUGUCCACUCUGAGUCAGUGUGGGGAGUAGAUUGCAGAGGAACAGUUAUGCCCCAAACACCCCAUGGCAGAGAGCAUAACAGUCCCUCAGAGGCCACAAAACAACACUGCAGAGAAUAGGACAGGACAGGAUAGAAUCCUUUGAAUUGGAAGGAACAAUUAAAGACCAUCUGGUCCAACUCCCUGCAAUGAACACAGCUCCUUUAGUGCUCAGAGCUCCUUCAGCUUAACCAUGGGUGUCUACAGGGACAGGGUAUCUAUCUCCUCUCUGGGCAAUCUGUGCCAGUGCCUCUUCUCCCUUAUUGUAAAAAAAUUCUUUAUAUCCAAUCUAAAUUUCCCCUCUUUUAGUUUGAAACCACUUCCCCUUGUCCUAUCACAGCAGACCUCGCUAAAGAUUCUGUCCCCUCCUUUCCUACAGCCUUCCUUUAGAUACUGAAGGGUCUCCUCAAAGCCAGCAACAGCAAAACACUUCCCUUAAAAGCAAACGAUUUUCAGAAAACCGCAGGGAAUUUGUUCAGCUGACAGCCCUUGCUCCAUCUGCAAAUCCACCGUACAUGCUGCACGUUUAAUACAACGCUAUUCCCCUGACCAUGUCUGGGAAACAAACGCCACAUCUGACAGCUACUUGGAGGCCCAGUGAUGGAGACUUGUAAAUAAAGUGCAUGGAAAAGGAAACCUGCUGACUCUGCUCAGGA